ACGUUAUCUGGAGAGGCAGCAGCUCCUCCUGACCCCAUUAGGGACAAGAGUUUUAGAAAAUGGAUGGAAGUGAAAUCAGUAAAUCCAGAACUUUUGAAUGUACUCACUGUCUCCACCCAACUGGCAUGCACCUCUCAGAGAAUCAAGCGCACCCGAACCUUUCUCUGCUCAGCAGAUAAAUCUCAGGUAACCUGGCUCACACAUGAUCUCUCCGGACAGAGAUCCUCAACUGAACGCUUCCUAAAGACACAGGAAACUGUCAUGAUUCACAGAUCACAUGAUUCACAGAUCACAUGAUUCAGACUGAAUUCAGAAAAUUAAAACAGAUUUAAUGUUUGGUCCAAAGUUUUUUGUAUGUUUGAAAACAGAUAAGUUGCAAUAUAGUCUAUUUAUUCAUUCACUGUUAACUUAAAAGUAAAGUAUUAAAUCAUUUCUUGGGAAAUUAAAGUUAAAAUGAACUUAUUGUUAUUAGUAAUUAAUAUUUCUCCAAGGUUUCGACCUGCUCAUGUUUCCUACUCAUAUGGAAAAUGUAUGUUUGAUGUUUAUACGUUUAUAAAAUAUAAAAUAAUGACAAAAAUCUGACAAAAGUUGGACUUUUCAUGAACUUUAUGGCCUGAAUGUGAGAACUUCAUAAAUCUAAAACAAAGUUAACCUGAUAACUUGUUUACCUCCAACCUGCAUUUUGUUCAACAUUUAAUGCCAUUAUGGCUUCAUGAUGAGUUUUUAAAGCGUAUUAACAGGUUAUGAUUAGGAACGUUACAGUUUGUGACUGAUCUACAGUCAGCCUUUAUUCAGUGAGAAAUAGAUCCUGACUGGUAUCCAGUUCUACUACUUUUAUUUAAAACAUAGCUUUGCUGAUUUGAAUAAAAUGUUCUUCCUGUGCUGCUGUAGGCUGCAGCUGCCUGAUAGUUACUGUUUCCUUGGUUUGUCUCUGAAGAACAACAUGGGAGCUGGCUCACGAUUCCAGUUUGGUGAGAUGUUUUAAAUCUCUGUCACGCCUUUUCCUUCCCACCAGCUCCGCCGCCAGUCGGCUGAAACCCGACCGGACGAUGACGGAGAUGAAGUGUGUCGUGUUUUGGGGCGUCGUGACGUUUUUCUGGACCCUCUGUGGAGGAGACAGAGACGUCUCCUGUGUGUUCAGUCAGGUCUGCAUCCUGCCAUGCAGCUUCCAGCCGGCCGACGGACCGGCGGUCCACUGGACUCAGCUGGCAGCAGCAGAACCUGCGGUUCAUUCUUACUAUGACGGCAGAGACAGGGUCCAACACCAGAACCAGAACUUCAGAGGCCGGACGUCUCUGUUUGUGGACUGGGUCUCCUCAGGAAACGCCUCUCUGCUGCUGACCGGAGUGAAGGUCCAGGAUCAGGGCAGAUAUGUUUGCAACUGCAGCAGCUCAGCAGGAACCAGGCUGGCAUUCAUCAGAGUCUCAGUGGACGCUCCGGUGAAGACGGUCAACCUCCGACAAGCAGAGAACCGGCUCAUCUGCAGCUCGGACGGGAUCUACCCCGAACCGAACCUCACCUGGUCCACCGAGCCGCCGUCCGAACUGGUCCUGCAGAGCUCGACUCUGGUGCAGCUGACCGAGCAGCAGCUGUUCAACAUCAGCAGCUCCCUGAAGGUUCCGGACAACGACACCGACCUGACCUACGUCUGCACCGUCAGAACCCGCAGGAACCACGAGGCGAACAGGCUGGAGAACCCGGAAGCAGCAGGUCGAGCUCAGGGGAUGUGGAUAGUUGCUGGAGUCAUUUUGGUGUCGGUGUCAACGAUCGCGGUUCCGGUCUUUGUUGAAAAAUGUAUCAAGUCCAGGAAGUCCAAACGAUCCCGGCAGCAGAACAUAGAAGAAGAAGAACAAGCAGCAAAUGGACUAAUCAGCAGUCAGCUAGAAGAAGAACAAGUAGAGAAUGGACCAAUCAGCAGUCAGCUAAAAGAACAAGUAGAGAACGGACCAAUCAGCAAUCAGCUAGAAGAAGAACAAGUAGAGAACGGACCAAUCAGCAGUCAGCUAAAAGAACAAGUAGAGAACGGACCAAUCAGCAGUCAGCUAAAAGAACAAGUAGAGAACGGACCAAUCAGCAAUCAGCUAGAAGAAGAACGACCAGAGAACGGACCAAUCAGCAGUCAGCUAGAAGAACGAUCACAGAAUGGACCAAUCAGCAGUCAGCGUCAUAAUCCCAGCAGGGAGGGCAGGCAGCAUGAACUGGGACCAGUCACUGGGACCAGUUGGACCAUGGGCAGCAUCAGGAGCUUCAUGGUUCUGCUGGUUCUGAGCUUCCAGUGGAUUUCUUCAAAAAGAGUCACCCGGGUGACGUGUGUUUUCAGCCAGAGCUGCGUUUUGCCCUGCAGCGUCUCCAGCGGCUCUGACGUCAUCAUCAACUGGAGCCGCCUGACACCCGCAGACGGCACCGCCCACUGUUACUAUGACAACCAGGACCAGCUGGGUCACCAGAGCCAGAACUUCAGAGGCAGAACCUCUCUGUUCACGGAUCAGGUCUCCAGAGGAAACGCCUCCCUGCUGCUGACGGGGGUCAAAGUUCAGGACGAGGGAACCUACAGGUGCAACACCAGCAACACCAGUGGAAAUAAACUGGUUUUUAUUCACCUGAGAAUUGAAGCUCCAGUCUCUGACAUCAGAAUCCAUCAGGAUGGAAACAGGAUCACCUGCAGCUCAGAGGGGAUCUACCCUCAACCUGAACUGACCUGGUCCACUGAGCCUCCAUCCAACACGACUCUGCAGAACAGAACCACAGUCCAUCAGACUGAGGAGAAGCUUUAUGACAUCAGCAGCUCUCUGACGGUUCCAGACGGUUCUGAUCGGAUCUACAGCUGCACCAUCAGAACCAGGAGGAACCAGAGGAGAGCAACGCUUCAGAAACUGAGAAAUUCCCAGGUUGCUGAUCAGAACUGGCAGAUUAUACUGAAAAUCCUGAUGGCUGUGACUGGAUUAUCACCUGUAAUCUGCACAGUGAUGGCAGAAAUUAUGAGUCGUCGUUGGAAGAAUAAAGCAAACUAAUGGAGAAUCAGAGAAUCUUCAGGACAAACCAGUUCAGGUUCCCAGUGUCCCAGUCCAGACCAGCAGGAUGGUGGAGUUUAUGUACUUUAACUAUUUAAUGUCAAAUAAAAAAAACAGACAAACAAAAAAAGAGACAUUUUGAAGAGCUGAAGAUGAACUUUGGAAAUCUAAAAUUAUUGUUUUGGGAGAAAUUAUUUUGUCAUAAUUAUUUCUGUGAAAAAUCUUCAUUCAUCUCAACUUUACUUUUUACAAGCUGGACAUAUUUUUUCUGUAUUUUA